AUGAAUACCACCGCUACACACUCAGUCAGUCAUCGCAAGUGCGCCGUAAACGAUGCCAAUCGGAAAGCGACGAUGAGCAAGAAAACCGCACGUCGGCGUCUGAGAGACGAAUCUCCUUGUUACUGGGAAACGGUACCGAUUCCAGCCGCAGAGAAAGUGGACAGAACCUAUACGACUCGUUUUCGUGAGCGAAUAGUCCUCCAUAAGCGAUACGAUGACAUCUUCGCUUGUGUCGUCAAAAAGGCAUUGUCAGAUGAUUCGCUUCUAAUCGCUUCGUCACGACCGAGCAAAAAUAGAGAUGAGCUUCGAACGAGGUCUGCAAGUGAAACUCUAUCAGAGAAAUCAAGGGUUUGUUCUGACUCCGAGCCGGAGAUUCUUCUGUCACUGAGUGACUCUCAGGAGCAGCCGAUAAAGCGAAAGACU